CCGUCGCAACUGAUGAGUAAACACCCAAAGUGGUACUAAAGGUCAUCAACAUGCAUACCUUCAAGCAGCAAGGAAGGCCGAGUGGCUUUCAAAAUUGUAUUCCAUGGCCACGAUGAGGAUAGCUUCGGGACAGCAGCCUCAUUCAAUUAAUUCCCGUGCCAAUGACUGGUGGGAUCAUCGCGGGUUUCGGCGAUCAGCAAGCAAUAAGUCAACAACUUCGGUUUAGUAUCGUCAGCAAAUGUGCAAUGCACGAUGAGCAGCGUGGCCUCGAAUGCGAUGGAAAGGUAGGUAUUGCCUCAGCCGAGCUGGAGACCCAGAGGGAAAUCAGGUAUAAAUUCGUGCUACCUACUCUCUCUUCCAUCUCUCCAACGGGCAUUCGACAGUACUCAUUCGACCUCUUCAACUGAUUUACUCAAUACCUCUCAUCAAAGCCUUCUGCAAUGACUGGCGAACUUGUCCUCCUAACAGGUGGUACUGGCCACUUGGGCUACCGCACUCUUGUCGAAGCUCUUUCGAAAGGAUACAGGGUCCGCGCUGCUGUCCGAUCUGAAGCGAAGGCUGCCGGGAUCAAGUCAGCAAAGUCUACUCAGCCAUAUCUGAACCAAUUGACCUUCGUUACUGUGCCGAAUAUUGAGACGGAUGGUGCCUUUGACGACGCCGUCAAAGACGUGGAUUACAUCGUCCACUUGGCUUCACCAUUGGCAAAUCCUACUGAUGACGAUGAGAAGAAUAUAAUUCAACCCGCCAUUCGAGGAACCCUGAGUAUCCUCUAUUCUGCCCUCAAGCAUCCUUCCGUCAAGAAAGUCGUCAUUACCUCGUCCGUGGCAGCAGUUCUUCCGGUCGAGCCAAAGCCCUUCGAUGCUGACAGUGUCCAGCCGGAUCCACAGGGCCCGUACCCCGAUACAUUCACUGCCUACUCGGCAAGCAAGAAGUUCGCACUCAACCGAACACGAGACUUCAUUGCUAAGGAGAAGCCUCAGUUUUCCAUCAUCAAUGUAAUGCCGACUUUUGUCGUUGGGAAGAAUGAGCUGUCGACCACACCAGAAGCCGUCAAUGACGGUUCAAACAGGCUCGCUCUGGUCCCCAUCUUGGGGGUCAACAAUCCUGACUCGGUGCCAUCCUUUGUUUGCCAUGUGGAUGAUGUGGCUUUUGUCCAUGUCGCUGCCCUAGACCCAAAGGUCAAAGGAAAUCAUAAUUUCGGGGUCAAUUACCUCAGCGAGAAGCCGUAUCAGUGGAAUGAUGGGAUCGAUAUCGUCAAGAAACACUUUCCGAAAGAGGUUGAACAAGGCAUCUUCCCUCUUGGCGGAUCCCAAACAUCCCUCAUUGUGCCUUUUGACGCAAGCAAGACCGAGGAGGUGUUGGGGUUCAAGUUCAAGAAUUAUGAGCAACAAAUUGUCUCUCUGGCAGGUCAUUACGCAGCAGUAGCUGCGAAGGCAUAAGUCCAAGGUGGCUGUUGUGCACUUAUGGGCGAUGGGACCAUAGGACCAAAGUAAGAAUUUAAAUCAAACAUACCCAAUUUCAUCCAUGUAGGGCACUAAGCACUAAUGGACACCUGAUUGAAGGGUGAUCGACAAGGCUGAGAACUCGCGUGGUCUCUUGUAUAAGGUCGGCGGAUGUUUAUCCCGAAGAGAUCUUGAUUUUAUUCCCGGGGGUAACAACACAGAACUCACCAUAGCACGCAAUAUAUGGCCUGUGUCAGUCUAGCCAACUUGUCUGUAUA